AUGCCCCGCUACCACCACCACCACCGCCUAUCCCCCGCGCCGGCCCCGGAUCCCGCCAGCCUGUGGUGGGGCGUACGGUCUCCGUCUAUCUCCUCAUCCCCAGCCGAAAAUCGCCUGACGCCGCCGGCGUCGCCGUCGCCGCAGGUGGCGGCGACGGUGUCGAACUCAUCCUCCCCUCCGCCGUCGAAGCUGCCGGUCGACUUCAGCCCACCGCUGAUAGCCAUGGUCGUCAUCAUCGCCACCGCCUUCGUCAUCAUCACCUACUCCCGCCUCCUCUCCCGCCGCCUGAUCCACGCCUACCGCCGCUACCGCCGGUGGCGUCGCCGCCGCCGACGCUACGUCCCCUCCGCUUCCGCCGGUGACAUCGAUUCGCCGCCGUACCCCUUCGAUCCAGUGGACGCGUUCCGCGUCCUCUCCCCUUACGGCCUCGACGAGGCCGUCAUCAAGGCCAUCCCACUGUCCAUCUUCACCCGCAAGGGCGGCGGCGGCCUCCUCCACGACUGCGCCGUGUGCCUGCUGGAGUUCGAGGACGACGACUACGUCCGCACGCUGCCGGCCUGCGCCCACGCCUUCCACGUUGACUGCAUCGACAUAUGGCUCCGUUCCCACGCCAACUGCCCCCUUUGCCGCGCCGGAAUAUUCCGUCACGAUUCCCCCUUCACUCCGUUAAUGGCCGCUAGAAUCAGACCCAGCCUCGACGACAUACUCGCCGAGGGCGUCAUUCUGGAGCCGCUCACCGAAUUCCCGAUCGAAUCGGCGACGGCGGAGGAGGAUGAAGGGGAGAUCACUCAGGAGCCGCCAUCCCCACGGCGGAGCAAUCACCAAUCGGAGGACAGAUACAUCCGCCGGGAUUUCCUACUCAAGCGAUCGUAUUCCUUCGGAUUCGAGCGGAAUUUGGGAUCGGAGCGGUUAAUCCUCGAGCCGGUAACCGCCUCCCCGUGGCGCUACCGCCGCGGCGGCGGUCUGUGGAGCAAGCGGCCGUCUCCGUUCAGCUCGCAGACAAAGCCUCGAGUCUUCUCGUUCCGGUACUACAGAGGCAUGAAAUCGCCGUUCUUCCGGCGGCGGAGCAUCAGCGGGUUUUUCCCCCUUUCGGAAUCGAGCGCGCGGCACGGCCUGUCCGCCGCGUCCGGCGGCGGUAGCUCGUCGCGGCGGACGAAGUCCUUCGCCAGCCCGAUGUUCAUGCGGCCGUCGGCCGCGGCGGCGGGGGCGGGGGCGGCGCUGUUCUCGUCGAGCCGGCUGAGGAGCGGAGACCCAGAGGCGCUGUUGUCCCCGGAGAGGUUCAACAGACGGUGA